GUUAUCAAUGUCAUUCUAUCAAUUGUCACUGCACUUGCUGCACUGUCACAAACGUCAAACCAAAUAAAUAUCAAUAAUUGUAGAGCAGUUUAUACAAAAUAAUAAAUAAUUGAAUAGAGAUUUCAAGAAUACAUUAAAAUAUGGCAUUUGUUAAAAAGACUACGGGUCUCGUUGGCCUAGCAGUCGCUGCUAAUCCACACUACACCUUGGGAACUCUUUAUGGAAAAAUCCUGAGAACUCUGCAAAAGAUGCCAGAAUCAUCGGUGUACAGGCGUUAUACUGAACAAAUUGUCAAAGAACGUGCAGCUGUGCUGAAACAGACCAAAGACCCUUAUGAAAUUGAAACUGCAAUCAACUGUGGUCAAGCCGAAGAACUCAUUAUUCAAGCAGAAAACGAAUUAAAUUUGGCACGUAAAAUGCUCAACUGGAAGCCGUGGGAGCCCCUUGCUUCAAAACCACCGAAGGGCCAAUGGGACUGGCCACCAACUAAAGCUUGAACAUACUCCUUUUAUUGCAAAACAAAGCACCAUUGUGAUCUUAUAUGAUUUGUAAUUAUAUUGCAAUAUGGAAUGUCCAUUUAUGUUAACUUAUAUUUUGGAUAUGAUUUGUAUACAAUAAGAAACUUGGGCUAACUUAUCAUAAUAGCUUGUUCUUUUACAGCAUCAUAGCAUUUUAGUUGUUUACUUUUAUUGUAAAGAAUACAAUUCAUAUAAGAUCACAAUAGCAACCCCCUCUAGCUUGUCAGAUUUCAAAUUUCAUUAGAUGUAAGACUAGCAUAUAUGUUGUGCAGAGAAUCUAAUUAAGGUAAGCAGUCAGUCAAAAAUUUGAUGAAACCCACUGUCCAUCCAAAAUUAUGACAGGCCUGACACUCAGCAAGUAGGAAAGGGAUGUAACUGGUGUAUAUGCAAAAAUAUUGUUAUUAUGAGGAUAGUUUCAUUUUGUUGCAAAUAAAUAGACAAGUUUAAAUAA